AUGGACACAGUUAAGAGGAAGGCUGAAGACGACGUGAUAGAGACGGUAGAACUUAGCGACAGUUCGGAAGAGGAGGCUCAGCCAGUCGGGCCAAAGAAGAGGGACUUAAAAAAGACGGCUUCAGGCGACUCGGGCGAGAAUGUCGUUUUUCUUGACUCAGAUUGUGAGAGUGAUGGUAAAGAAACUGGAAAGGAUGAACCAGGGGUCUUGAAAGUUGAUACAAUGAACAAACUAUUGAAAGAAUUUAUUCUUAUCACCAAGAGCGACAGCAACAUAGCACAAUUUUUCCUUAGCCAGCAUGAUUGGAAGCUAGAAGUCGCAGUUAACGAUUUCAUGAGCCUUAGUGGAGAGAUCCUAAAUGAUAAGAAUAAUUCUCAGCUAGCAAACUCCAUGAAAAAUGAGCCUUGGGCCAAAAACCUUCAGUCAAGUUCAGAAGUCUUAGGAGCAUUUAGUUUUAUUUCCUGGAAUAUUGAUGGCCUGGACAAACGAAAUUUGGGCCCUCGAACGGCAAAUCUCACAAGAAUUUUGAAAGAGGAAUCACCAGACGUAGUAUUUCUGCAGGAAGUGGUGCCAGAGACCAUUGAUGAGCUCAAGUCAAACCUUCAAGAUUACAAGUUCUUAGUCCAGGACUAUGAGAAAAACAUGUCUGAAGCCUAUUUUGUUGCAACCUUGCUGAAGAAAAACACUGUCAAAGUACUGGAGCACAUCGAUCGUCCCUUUAACAAUACAGUGAUGAUGAGAGGACUGUUGAGUACAGAGAUUGAAAUUGCAGGCAUCAAAAUGUGGCUCCUUAACACACACUUGGAAAGCACGGCGAAUUACAAACAGGCUCGUGUUGCUCAGCUUCAGAUGGCAUUCAAGGAAAUGAAGGACAAAUGUCAAACGCACCAUGUCCUAUUUGCUGGAGAUCUUAACCUACGUGACGCUGAGGUUGGCUUAGCAGGAGACAUUCCCUCUGGUGCAGUGGACCUAUGGGAGGCGUGCGACAAACGUGACACCUGCAAAUACACUUGGGACUCGUCGCGCAACUCCAACAUCCAGCUGGGCAGUUUCAGCCAGGGCAGCUCCUCAAGGCAGCCGUACAAGCCUCGGCUUCGCUUUGACCGCGCCUACCUGGGUACCUGCAAGGGCAACUCUAACAGACCGCUUGCUGUCCACUUCGGACUGGUCGGCAUUGAGAAAGUGCCCAACAGGCAGUGCUACACUAGUGACCACUGGGGCCUCCAAGUUCAAUUCACCAUCAACAAACCGUGAUUUAGCAAGAAUGAAACUGAACAAAACUGAUUUAGUUUUCCACCUAAUAUUUUUUCUCACUUGAAAUGAACAUUGAUUAGUUGAAUAAUAAGAGUUUGAAUUCAGGUUUCCACGGAAGAGUAAUUAAAACAUCGUUAGCAUUAAUUUUUCUUUAUUAUUUUUUCAAUCAAAUCAUUUGCUUAAAUUCAAUAGAUGAUUAUCUGGGAGGUCUAUCUUCUCAGCAAUACCACCAAAAAUGAAAUAAAGUUUGUUAUAACUUGCAA